AUGUUUCGCUUUAGAACUAUUUUUUUUAGUGAGAAACUGUUUAUGAGAGCGGCAGAUUUGCUGGUCAGCGAAGGCUACGCAGACUUGGGUUACGAAUACGUCAUUGUGGACGACUGUUGGUUGGCCGCGAAUCGAUCAGCAGACGGUAUGUUAGAAGCCGACAAGAAAAGAUUCCCAAGCGGCAUCAAAGCUCUGUCAAACUACGUACACUCGAAAGGACUUAAGUUCGGUUUGUACCAAGACUUGGGCUCAAAAACGUGCGCUGGUUUUCCUGGCGUGUUGGGCAACGAGGCGAAGGAUGCCAAGCGAUUCGCGGAGUGGGAAGUCGAUUACGUAAAACUCGAUGGGUGCUUUUCGGACGUCAGGGACAUGGGCAAAGGUUAUGUUGAAUUCGGAAAACACCUGAACAACACUGGGAGGCCCAUAGUUUACUCGUGCAGCUGGCCAGCGUACCAAGAAUUCAAAGGCAUGAGGACCGAUUACGCUUCAAUAGCUGAACACUGUAACCUGUGGCGUAACUAUGGAGACAUUGACGACUCGUGGAGCUCCGUUAUGGACAUCGCCGAUUAUUUUGCCACGAAACAAGAAUUCUGGGCUCAAUACGCGGGACCAGGACAUUGGAAUGAUCCGGACACUCUCUUGAUUGGAAACUUCGGCCUGUCGUUCGAUCAAAGCAAAUUGCAAAUGGCCAUUUGGGCCGUGUUGGCUGCGCCCUUGCUCAUGUCCGCCAAGUUAUCUGCCGUACGUCCGGAGUUCAAAGAAAUAUUGCGGAACAAAGAAAUCAUCAAGAUCAGUCAAGACACUAUUGGCGUGCAGGGCACUAGAAUAUUCAGGGAGUUGUGUUCCUGCGAUUCGACGUUAACAAGUUGAAAUGUAACUGCACUCAACCAAACGGUAGAAUUUACAUAAAUUCCAUAUCGUACCUAUGCUGCCCUGCUACCAAGAAUUGCAGUAGCUCCAAAAUUGUGAAAAGUGGGAUUAUAUAAUAUUCUUAUUAUUUGAACUAUCCCGCGUCUUUUUUUACUAAGGUAAAAUGCAGUAAAAACCACUAUAAACUCCUUGAAAAUCGAUUAUUGUUUCAAAGAAAUUCUGGAAUUCAAGUAAAAUACUAAGCAAAAGUGCAGUAAAGCCAUAUACUAAGAUCAAAAGCAGCAAGUCCAUGGAUUUACUGGAUUAUUUCUUAGGAAUCGGAUUUCUAGAAGUCUUACAUGCUCUUACUGUAUAUUGCCUUAGUAAUAUUGUGUGUUCAAAUGGCUUCUUUGCCGUAACUCCACUAACCUAUGUUAUAACAAUAUUUUAUUAAUCUACCUUUAUAUCUUGAUAAAGUCAGUAUCUAAUCACUACUUUUGUUGUUAUUAAUGUUAAUAUUAUUAUUAUUUA